CAAGGUAAUUUAUUCCGGUGGAUGCGCAGUAGAUACCAAUCAAAAUGUUGCCACAAAUUGGGAAAACCCAAUAUGGCUGUCGCCAUUACACGUCACGUUAAGUGAGGAAAUUGUAGCAAAUAUCUGAUUGGUUCUACUGGGCCGGCUUUAUGAUGGGUAAUACUUCACCUUGUAUCCUUACACUAUGACUAUAGCCAUAUAUUCGGUAAAGAAAGAGACAGCGAUUGUAUGUCUGCACUUCGUCGCCUGAAAUUAGUCAAUGCCCUGCACGUACACGUACACGGUCGCUUACUUGUGUGCGUAUCCUAUCCGGGGGGGAGUAUGUUGCUCGGACAAUUGGCAUUACUGCAUACGGGUAGUAGCGAUCAGUAUUCCAAACGCGUCUCUUGUAAUGAACCAUGAAGCGCGCUUCUCGCGAGUUUACGCUCGAUCUCUAUAGACGAGACAACGACUAUAGUCUUCAAUUAAAUCGUUGGAUUCUAAAAUCGUUAGGCGCUUGGCUCGAAGGGCCGACGAAUUCAAUGGGCAAAAACAUGCUAAAGAAAAACUUGAGAUUCAUAUGUCAUUCUUUGAUAGCUUUCUCCAUAAUAUCCUCUAUACUGUAUAUAUUGUUUGAAGAGAAGGAUUUCCGACUCAAGUUAAAGGCAGUAGGACCAACGAGUAAUUGCCUCAUGGGCGGAAUCAAUUACUGUUCACUCUUAUAUCACAAUAAACGAAUACGUAGAUCCAUCGAACAUAUGGAGACGGACUGGCAAAUGGCAAAGAGAGAACGUGAUCGUGAAAUGAUGUUGAAGAACGCCCGCAUAGGACGGAUCAUAGCGGGUGCUUGUGCGCUGAUCGUACAAGGUAGUUCGUUAAGUUACAACUUAGCAAGAGGACUGUCACCAAUAAACGCGGUGAUCGGUAAUAAGACCGUGACAAUAGGUCGCUUACCGUACCCGUCGUACAAUAAGAUCGUGGAUACCAGAUUCAAUCCAGUGUACGAAGUUGUGCUUACACUGCAAUGUCUUUCAUCUAUCGUGGUGAGCAACACCAAAAUCGGUGCGUGUGGUCUUGCCGCGGUUUUCGCGAUGCACGGCUGUGGUCAGCUCAGAGUGGUGAUGUCGCAUCUCGAAGAGCUUGUUGACGAAAAACGAGACAAGCUUCAGUUAAGAUUGGCGAAUAUUAUAGAGCGGCAUCUACGAGCAUUGAGGUAA